UGUUUAUCUCACCACAUUCAGUAUUUGGUUCAAAAUGAUGUCAUCUAUGUUAGAAAAAACCUGGGAACAAACUGUUUCAUAUCUACGUGGAAGUUCUUCAAUUCAAUUAAAAACCGGUACUGGAAUUAAUUUGAAACAUCUGCAGCAUGCUACUAUUGCCUCAAGUAGGAGCAUGCACAUGCAAUCUUACAGGAAUACCAUAAAUGAAUGCAUCGGUAAUAUGAGAAGCAAAUGUCAAGACAUGAAUUUAACAUUAUCUGAGAAACGAGAAUGUUUAUUAAUUGUUAUUCAGCUUGGAAAUAUAAAUGAAAAACUGAAUUUUGUUCAUCCAUUCGUUAUAAAAUGUAUUGCGGAUUCAAAAAAUGUUUUUGAUAAAGUACUUGGAUACACCGCUCUUAGAUUAUUAAAUCAAUCAUGUCGAUCAAGCGUUUACCUUGCUGUGAAUACAAUACUCAAAGAUAUAUCCAAUAAAAAUAGUGCUGUUUCUUGUAUAUCCCUCACUGCCCUUGCAUCUUUUAUAGAUAUAGAUCUCAUUCCUGUGUUUUUGUCUCCUGUAGAGAAAAUUUUGAAGUCUGGUCCUUCACAUGUGAGAUAUAAAGCAUUGGUUGUGCUACAUGCAAUGGUCAGAAUAGGUCCGGAAUAUGUCAUCUCAGCAUGGAGCAUAAUGAAACAUUGUUUGUGUGAUAAAGAUCCACAAAUAAUGAGUGGUUGUUUACCAAUUAUUGAAACACUGUUAAAAACUAGCAAACCUCCACAAGAUGCAAAUAUUCAUGGAAAAAUCGUCUUUAUUUUGAAACAAGUAGAACAAGGAAGAUUGCCAAUUAAUAUGAUGCAUAAAGGAAUAUGUGGACCAUGGAUUCAAAUAAGAUUGAUUCAUAUUGUUCGUAUUUUAUCCAAGGAAAAUUACAAUGAACAACAUCUUUCAGAUCUGGAGGAGAUAUUUUCGAAGAUAUUUGCUAGAUUUCAAACUGCAGGCUAUUUACAACUGGCUAUCAUUGAAGAAUGUGUUCGCACAAUUGCAGCAUUACAUCCAAAAGUACAAAAAUUAGAAAAUGUUAUGCUGGCUGCCAUUGAGACUGCUCUAUCCAGUACAGACUUGAAUAUUUUACUAACUGGUAUUGAAGCAUUAAAAAUUAUUGUGAAAAUAAAACCAGGUUAUUCAAAGCAAUACACUAACUUAUUGUUGAAAAAUUUAUCAUGCGGUAAUAAGUCUCUCCUUGAAGCAACGAUGCAUUUACUUGAAGAUUUAGCAACGGCUGAAGAUUGCCAACAUAUUGUCAGUGUUCUUAUGGAAAAUGUUCAAAAAGUGAAUAAUGACAAAUUGAGAGAAUCUAUAUUGACUGGUGUUUUAAAACUUAUUGAGAAAUUUCCUAUGGAUGAAAAAUGGAUAUUAGAGCAUUAUCUAUAUCUCUUGGCCUUCAGUGAUGAUAGUGAUAUUUCUUUCGCCAUCAAUAAAAGAGUUGUAAUGUGUUUUUCAUGUUUAUCUGUGGAAACGAUGCAGAACGAAGUUGUGAGAUUAAGUAAAUCACUUCAAGAACGCUAUACAAUAUCACAGUAUUGUACAAUUUUGGAUAUUUUAACGUUUUAUCAUGAAAAAAUAUCGAUUGAGGAUGCCAAAAGAACUAUUAAUGAUAUUAUGUCAAACUGUCAAAAGAAUCGCUGGAAACCUGAAUCUUACAGUAAUAUUUUCAUACGGUCACUGAAUUGUUUAUCUGCUUUAUCAGUGCACCAUAACUUGAAAUUCGAUAUUAAGGAAGAAUUUCCAAUCUGUCCUUCUAUGCUACAACAACAUUAUAUUGAGACUUAUCUUCUGAUGCAAAAUUCACCAUUAACAAAAUCAAUUUUAUCAAUUAAAUUAUCUGCACUCAAAGAACCAACUUUUGAUCCAAAUUUGUCAUUUUUAAAUGACUAUUCAGAAAAACACGAAGAUUCAGUAUCAUCCUCCAGUGAGGAUGAAUCUUUUAAGAAUCAACUCUCAUCAUCUAAUAAUAAAGUUUCGAUUUCGAUUCGAAAAAAGGAAUCUGAAUUUUUGGUGAAGCCGUAUUCUAAAUCAAGAUUUGAUUCCUCGGUUUCAACAAUUGAUGAAGAUAAAAUAAAAAAGAAUUUCUUAAAGAAUGAGGCAAAAGCAUCUUCAAGUAAAACUGGUAAUGUAUGGGAUAAAAGUAGAUAUAAACUAGAUGCUGAUGGCACUGAGGAAUAAUGAAUUACUAUGUGAUGAUAGCACAGUCUGAGCAUCAUAAUUAAAAUUGUGAUUUGGAGUCCUAGAGUUAUCUUGUACUUUUGUGUCACACUCAUUAUUUUAUUCAAGUUAUAAUAUCACCACACUUAUGACAAUACAGUAGAACCUCCACUAGCGAAAGACCCUGAAUACGAAAUUUCCAAGUUACGGAAUGUCUUUUCGUAGAAAUAUUGCUUUGAAUAACCAUUUGUUAACAAUUGUCAACCAUUUGUCUCCCACUCACCGCGGUCUUGGCCUUGUCUAGCUGGCCAACCCCAAAGGUAAACAAACCUAUAAUUUUUAUUCGUUAUUUCUCUGUUCUUUCUUCUUUCCAUGUGUACUUCUCCAUUUAUUAUGUACUAAUCUAAAUAUAACAUAUAUUUGUUAGAGAUUUUAGCCAUUAUUUAUAAUUUAAACUAAUUUAAUUUAAGUUUUAUGGGGGCAUAGAAGAGAUAAGGGCAUUUAUAGGGUAAAAUAUGUCCAACUUACAAAAUUUCUUGCUUACGAAACGACUCCCGGAACGAAUUAAAUUUGUAAGUAGAGUUUCUACUGUAUUGUUAAGUUUGGACGUGGAUUACUGGAACACAUAUUGACAAACAAUUGUCCAUGCGUCUAUAUUGCAUCCUUCAUAAAAAAAAGUAUGUCAAAAAGUCAGUUAUUCAUACACAUAUUUUUUUUAUUUCGUUUGGUUGAAUUUUUUUCAAUAUUUGUAGGCAAUUCUUGUUUGUUGUUUCAUGUCAAUAUUCUAUCUAUUUAUGAUUCCUAAAAAGCUUCAAAUUUUUAUUUUGUAAUGAAUAGCUUUUGCACAAAUUAAUCUUGAUGUUAGAUAUCUUGUACUUAGAAUAAAAUCUUAUCGUUUCGUAAUUUUCAGUUUAUCUAAAUUAGUUGUUCACUGAUAUUUGUUGCUUUGAUCCCCUUUUUACCCAAAUAUAAGCUGAAAAAGUUGGAAUUUCAGUUAAAUUGUGAUGGUGCUAUCUUUCAUCAGUUUCUAGUUUUUGCAAGUUAAUAGAUAUAUUAUGUUACUAAUUAUUGGGAUUUUUUCAUACUUUUUUUGUAUGUUUUUUGAUGGUUGAAACAUAAAACUUACCAUGUAUAUUUUUCUAUUUCUGAACUUUCUGGAAUAUUUACUAAGAGAUAAACUUCUAUAUUAUUCAUAUAUAUAUAAGAAUACAAAUGUUACGGUAUUUUUAAAUAAGUUAAUGGUACUUUCUCACCACAAUUGUUAUUUUUUAGUGCAAAAAUAUUAUCACUGUCUGAAAUCAAAAUUUAUCUAACAAAUGCCCAAGAUAGAACAUGUCCAAUUCAUUCCUGACUGCUUUUUCCACCUUCCCAACUAAGCAGGCUAAAUUGUAAUGUUAUGUAAUAUGUAUUACAUUAUAUAUUUUUGUAG